UUUGCUAAAUGUUGCUGUUCUGGUAACUGAUUUCUAUGCCAGUAAAUCUCUUUGAAUCUGAUCAUUUGUUCGGUGAAGGGAGUUUCCAAUUUGCCCUUUUUAAAACUUCUCUCUUGAGCUCAACACAAACCUGUUAUUUUGAUAGGCGAGCACGCUGCACUCUCGCCCGCGGGUGAAACUCGGGGCGCCUGGCUCGCGGCGCGUGCCCGCCGAGCCGUGCGCCAGCGCGCGCGCGCGCGCGGAUUCCUGCACCGACGGAGUCUGCGCGCGCUGCGAGAAAGACAACAUCGUUCUGUCUCACUGCCCUGCGCCGCCAGGACCGGACCGCCGGGCCACUGAGGAGCCCACAAUGCUGGCAGCGCUGAGUGCUUCAGGGGAUUCCAGGCUCCCCGGCGCAGCUGAGCUGUAGAGACCCGUCCGGACGGAACCGUAUGGGAACAGUAUGCGGGAGAUGGUGGGAGGCUGCUGUGUGUGCUCAGACGAGAGGGGCUGGGCAGAAAACCCGCUGGUGUACUGCGACGGGCACGGGUGCACUGUGGCCGUGCAUCAGGCCUGCUAUGGGAUCGUCCAGGUGCCCACUGGACCCUGGUUCUGCCGCAAGUGUGAGUCCCAGGAGAGAGCCGCCCGAGUGCGAUGCGAGCUCUGCCCUCACAAAGAUGGUGCCCUGAAGAGGACAGACAAUGGAGGGUGGGCGCACGUGGUGUGUGCCCUGUACAUCCCAGAGGUGCAGUUUGCGAACGUGCUGACCAUGGAGCCCAUAGUGCUGCAGUUCGUCCCCCACGAGAGAUACAACAAGACCUGCUACAUCUGUGAGGACCACGGGCGCGAGAGCAAGGCUGCCUCGGGGGCCUGCAUGACCUGUAACAGGCAGGGCUGUCGGCAGGCGUUCCACGUCACCUGCGCCCAGAUGGCCGGGCUGCUGUGUGAGGAGGAGGGGCCGGAGGCUGACAAUGUCAAGUACUGUGGAUAUUGCAAAUACCACUACAGCAAGAUGAAGAAGACCAGGCCAGCAGGGGGCAGCACGGGCGGCUCCUUCUGUCACACCCGCAGCAGCUCCACCUCGCCCUCGCAGGACAAGCACGGCUCGCACCACUACCGGCAGAGGAAGAGCCACAAGGACAAGGUGCGGCAGAAGGAGAGACACAAGAAGUCAUCCGAUGGCCUGUCCAGCCUGAGCUCGUCUGUCCCGGUCAGUGUGGAGAAGGUCUCCUCCAGCCACCAUGGGAGCAGCAAGGAGGGCAGUGAGGUCAGCAGGUCAGAGGUCAAGGGCAAGAAGCUCCUGGGUCACGGCAUGGGGCACCGAGGGAAGAAGCAGGGGAGUGCAGGCAAGAGCUGCUCCUCCUCCUGCUCCUCCAGCCCAUUCAACACAGGCGGUGGAUCCCUCCCGUCCUCGCAGGACUUCCUGCACUUCUCCUCGUCCUCCGCGAGGCUGGAGCGGGAGCGAGGCGGCGAGGGCGCGGAGGGGCGGGAGGAGAGGGAGGAAGAGGAGGAGGAGGAAGAGGAGGAGGAAGAGGAGGAGAAGUACCCCCCGGGCCUGCCCCCCGCCCUGACGCCGGCCGAGACCACCAGCCGCAGCUCGCCGGCCUACGACAGCCAGCGGGGUGGGGGGGACUCGGGGGGCAGCUCCUUCGAGCCCAAGGUCACCAUCUCCACCUUCGGCUCCAUCAUGCGCAUCACCUCCACGGGGGGCCCGGCCAAGCUGCGCCGCGUGUCCCCGGGGGAGUACAAGCUGGCCAACCCGGUCAGCAGCUCCGGCCACAAGCACCAGCCCGGCGCCCCCGCCCUGGAGGGGCAGCUGUCGGCGGAGGCGCCCCCCACGCCGCCGCCCCCCCCGCUGAAGGAGAAGAAGCACCGCGGCAGCAGGAAGAGCAAGCACGGCCCGGGACGGCCGAGGGGCAGCAAGGAGGGCGCCGCCCACAGCCACGGCCACGCGCCCCCUCUGUCCGCCAGCCUGUACCCGGGCCCCCCCAGCCUGCCCCGCAGCACCUACCCCCUGCACUCCUCCGCCCGCAGCCCCUACCCCUCCUCGGGCAGCCUGGGCGCCGACUCCGGUAUCUACACCAGCAACAAGGACCCCAUCUCCCUGGGCGCUGGGGGGCUGGGGUCGGUGUGCAGUACCCCCCUGUCCUCUGCCCUGCUCUCCGACCAGGGCCCGUCGAGCCGCCACUCUCUGGCUCCACCCUCCUCUGCAGGCAGCUCACAGGUACCUCCAUUCCCGGGAUACGGAGGAGACAGGAGACACAAUUCCUGGUUUCUAGUUCCUUGUCUGUGCAGCACCAAGUACACCAAAUUCCUUGUAUGUGAAAUGUACCUGGAAGAUAAAGAACCCCCCUCUCUGUCUGUGCCAGUUGUGGAGAUGCUGAAGUCGCUGCACUCCCUGCAGCAGGAGAACCAGAGGCUGCAGGACCAGAUCGUCACCCUGACGGCCAAGAAGGAGCGCCUGCAGCUGCUCAACGUGGAGCUGGCCGUGCCCUUCCCCCCACUGCCCCCCCCCGCCGCCGCCCCCCCCUCCUCGGGGCACUUCAGCCUCCUCUCCACACCCAACGUCUGCAACACUGACCCCCUCAACACCAGCAAGAGCCCCCCCUCCAAGUCCAGCUUCAUCAAUGACAACUCGCUGACAACCUCAUCUGAGGAGCUUCAUUCAGGCUGUCAGAGUCGCAGUAGCUCCUCCCUGUCCUUCCAGGACACCCCGCCCCCACAGCAGAGCCCCGCCUCCCUGACGCAACCAUUGGUCAAUGGCCUGGGCAGAGGGUUGAGUGGCAUGUUGGGAGGUGGAGCUCCGGCAACAAAUCCCACCAUCCCUAUGGUGGGAGGGCUGAUGGGCAGCUUGACAGGAAGUCCCCAGCUCUCAAUGAAUGGCAUGAUGGGAAAUCUGAACGGGGUGAUCCAGACGCCCGCCACGGUCCCUCAGCCCCCAACUCUACCACCCCAGGCCCCCAACCUGGCCCCCCAGGCCCUGCCCCAGAAUGUGCAGCUAUCCAACAGUCUGAGCACGCUGCCCAGUGCCUCCCUCCUCUCUGAGCAGCAGAAGCACCUUCUCCUCCAGCAGCAGCAGCAGCAGCUCCAGCAGUUCCUGACCUCCCAGAACUUCACUCCGGAGCAGCAGGUAGUUGUAUACCAGAUGUUGCAGCAGCAGCGACAGAGGGAGCUACAGCGCCUCACCCUGGCCAACACCUUGCAGCCUGGCCCUACCCUGAUGACAUCAUCUGCUGCGCCGCCUCUCCUGGCAGGCAGCUCCCCCCUAGGCAGCGGUAUGAUGACCUCAUCGCCUACCCUCAUUCCUGGGAACAACCUGAUGCCGUCAGGCAUAGCCCCACCUCUCAACGCCCCCGGCAACAACUUGCUGACCCCAGCAACGGCCUCGCCCCUGCAGAGUGGCCAGGGAAACCCCUUCUUCAGCCUGCAGCAGGACAGUCUGCAGAAGUCAGGGAGAGGAGGGGAGAAGGGCGGAGACAAGAGCUGACCCACCCACUGCUCCUGAGGCUGUCGUCUGGGAGGCGUCCAAUAAGGAGUCCAGGCUGUGAGUGGAGGGGGCGGGGCUUUGAGAGGCCCUCCUGUGAGACAGCACCUCUCUGCUGCACAAACACCACGUAUCCGGCCAUCACCUCCUUUGCGAAGGUGGCUUGCUGUUUGCUUGCCUGUCAGCCUUCAAAAUGAAUGUUUUUCCAUAAAAGGAUCCAUGACCUUUCCUUCUUCCGGGACAUUGUCAGUGCCAGUUGGACACCACUGAGGCUGCAUCCCGCCGGACUCAUGCAGAAAGAAGAAGGAGAAUGGAGCAGAAGCAGCUUUCAAUGCAGAGCUCGGCUGGGGAGAGACCCCCCCUGGCAGAGAGGAGCCAGUCCUGCCCGUGCUGCUGGCACAGGGCUGUGCAGAGCGUAGCUGGAGCAGCCUGGCAGUGCCAGCCUCUCCCCUGGGGUCCAGGUCUGUCCAGUCUGCAGCGCCGGCUCCUCACACAGACAGGCCCCUUGCAGUGUGUGAGACGGCAGGUAAUGAUGACAUUUAGCAUUCUUAACUUAGAUCAUGGGUUUUGUUACUCUUUAACUCUGACAGACAUGUCACCCAGAUCUGUUAACGCUGGGCCAACAGCGCUGGUUCUGACCAGCUGGUCAGCUGUACUCAGCUCUCUUAGCAGGCAGACAGCUGUUGCUCAAUUUUAUUCUUGUGUCCUGUUAUGAAAAGCACUUAUAAACUCUUGUAGUGCAGGUCUUAAACGGUAGCUGUAGCUAUAAAGUAAGCCUGUGAGCUGGCAGUACCUCCAGGAGGAGCUGUGACAGCGCAGAUCUGUUUGAGGUUAUUUCACUGUCGUUCACGUGUUGUUGUCCCUGUGUUUCAAAAACACACAGGCUGCUCUCACCCCUGCGUCUUCCCAGCAGGUGGAGCAUAAACAGAAUUUGAGAAAGGGGGGUUUCUGAGAGGUGGGCGUGUGAUUGUUUCUCCUGUGAGCGCCUCCUCGGGCUUCUCCCACCGCAGCUCCAGAAGAAGGGGACAGUCACAGAGUAUCGGCCCUGAGCCUGUCCUGGGAAGAGAGGGCCGUGCGCCGAGUGUGCAGGGCGGAGGCUGGGC